CUACUUUGUACUUGUAUAAUAUAUCAACAUUUGCUCUGUAUUAUACUGAUAAUAAUAUGGGAGAAUGGGAGAAUGGGAGAAUGGGAGAAUGGGAGAAUGGGAGAAUAGUAGAAAGAUCCAACGGCCAGGAUGGCCACCUGAACUCUCAACGUCACUGGUCUGUGGCUGCGGAUGGGAGUGGACCAGUGGGGAACGCCCGGUCAGGAUCAUCAAUGGAUAUUUAUGUAGUAUUUAUGGUGGAAGGAACGCUGAGUCCAGCGGUGAAUGCUCUGGGAAAUGAGCUGGCAUAUGGGAUGUACUCUGUAUGUAUGGCAUUUUGUACAAGUACUUUGCAAGGUGGUAUACAUACAUACAUUACCUAUAUACCGAGUAUGGCAUUCCAGAUAUAUGUACACAGUACAGCAAUAGAGCCUUGAUAGACCACGGUAAUCUCGGAUCAGACUUUUCUUUGAGUUUUUCCACAGUCAAGAAAAAAAGAAAAAGAAAAAGAAAAAAAUGGGUCAUUUAAUGGGCCUUGGUGUACUAA